AUGGCAGGCGACGCAGUCUCGGACCGGCAAUGUACAAGCUGUCACGCCGAGGGCAAGAUAACAUGCCAGUCUUGCAAGCUUGUUCUUGUAAGUGGCUCUCUUCACACAGAGUCUGCGCAUAAGCUGACCAAUUGUAGUAUUGCAGUGCCAAGUGCGCAAAGCACCACGCAGCCAAGCACCGCCGUGAUUGCAAGUCGCCGCUGAUGAAGCCCAACUGGAAACCGAGUUGGGAGAUGGAGAAGCGUACACCGGCAUUCAUCGGGGACGGCCCUCCACAGGUCGCUUUCGGCGGCAAGAAGUACUUCUGGGGCAACGUACCGGCCAUCGACAUCCUCAACCUGCCAGCCAAUGAGGGAGAAGAUCAUGAGAAAGAACUACGUCUGCUUUUCGCAGCCUCUGGAGAUUGGAGAAAUAUCGUCAAGACCAUCGCUUCCUUGCCCGUCGGAUAUGACAAGCAGCUCUCGGUCUUCGUCAACGAUCUCGACUUCGAUGUCGUAGCGCGCAACAUCAUCUUCGUGCUCAUUGCCUUGACAUUUGACAAGACCACUGAUGCGGUCGAGUGCAUGCUGCAUGUCUGGUAUUCGGCCACAAUUCGGCAGUCUGAUUUCGACAUCCUCAUCAACCAAGUCCGUCCUCUGAUUGAAACAGUCGUCGACAAGAUCGCGGGCAAGGCCUCGAAUCAGGUGCUUGGAAAGACUUGGACAUUCGGUGCAAACAGCUGCCGAGUGGAGCUGCCCAAGUGCCUGUGGGACCAGCUGCUCGCAUACUUCGAGGUCCCCAAGGGCCUCACAGCGGAGGGCGCCUACAAGAUCCGCAAGGACGUCACAUUGGCACGCGAGCGCGUCGACUAUCGAGACCGCCACAUGCUCCUCCAAAUCCCAGCUCAUCGCGUCGGCAUGAGCAAGUUUCGGGAAGAUGGGAUUCUUCUCCCCCUUGGGAAUUCGCGCGAGAAGUUCACCGUGCCGAAUCCGUGAGCACAUGACCCAAGUCACCAGCGGAGACGUAGGAAAGGCUAACGAGCAGCUCUAGGACUUUCUUCCAGGGCGCGGACUGGCCCAUGAAGGACUCGUCGGAUCCGAUGGAAGGCUGGCACUACCCGGAUGUUGUCAAGGUCGAUUGCGGACCGGCCACCAACGACCUGUACGGGAAACUCUACUACCAUGUCAAGCACGUACUCACUUCGUUCCGCUCCCGUCUCGCUGCGCCCGGCUGCAAGUUCCACAUGCUCAACAUGAACGCCGCCGAGCUUCCGCAGCAUCUGGCCGGCAAAGACUUCGCACGCAUCGAGGUAUGUUGUGUUUGGAAAAUGUUCGCUCUGUGUAAAAACUCUGCUGAUAUAAACAACACACAGACCUCCAACAUCGCAGAUAGAGCUUACCUAGGCACCGCUCGCACCGUGGGCCUCCUCGGUCCGCUGCUCCAGAAACCUGCCGACAACCCCUACGCGACACUCAUCACUUCCUACAUGAACGCCGUCGAGGAAGUGUGUCUCCAAGACGGCAAGACUUCCCAGACCGACAUUGCAAAGGUCUUCCAGUACCUGCCCCGCCCGACGGACUUGAUGGGCAUGAUGGCCGCCAUGACGACGACCACCCACGGCUCGAACGCUUGGAUGAUCGCGGCCCUCGCAUCGCUGCACUGUGUUCGGGACGUGGAAGGGCACUUUGGCUCGUAA